CGGACACCGCCAUGGCGGCCAGCUUCGUGGCGCCGCCCACGCACGUCGGCUACAGCCAGUUCCUGCUCUUCCCGCAGAGCAGCUCGUCCAUGGGGAUGUUCCUGGCGCUGUCCGUGCCCCUGGAUUCGAUCCACCACGACGUCAGCUUGGCGUACAACUUCGAGGCCAACUACGCCCUGCCCUCCAACGCGACCGAGCUCACGGAGCUGGAGGCGCAGUACGGCUUCAAGCGGUCCCUGGAGGGUGCGGCGGCCGCGGGCGAAGCCAAAGCCGAGUCUUCGGAACGCACCACGCGGUCCCUCCGCGACCUGGGCCGCGCCGACUUCUACGCCAUGAUCGUGGGGAGCAUGGCCAGAGCGGGGCUGCCCGGGAGGACGUGCCUGCUGCGCGCCGUGUGCGAGGCGUCUGAGUGGCCCAUGGCGGAGGGGCUGCUCGGCAACCUGCUCACCGUCCUGCUCACGCCGUCCACCUCCGCCGACGAGGACCUGCAUCCGGCCUUCCACGCCGCGGAGCGACGCGGCCGACGCGGCGCCGACUGCGGCGUCCACUACAAGGGCUGCCCGACCAGCCUCCUGGGCCUCCUCACCGAACAAUGA